GCAUCAGUUGACGCUGAUGUGGGACCGCGCUCACUGGAAGGACGCGGAACCCGAGCUCCGAUCUAAACCGAGCGUUGCCGAAAGCACCCGGAAGUGUUCAUUAGCCCACUCGGCUUCAGCGGCGUCGCAUCUCUUUCACACAAACUUCUCUGUUAGAAGGCGAGCCACAGUUUAAACUCUUUAUAUCGGUCGCCAUGUCUGUUCUGUGUUAUAAUAAGGGAUGUGGACAACGGUUCGACCCAGAAAGCAACCCGGACGAUGGUUGCACGUAUCACCCCGGAGUCCCGGUGUUCCACGAUGCUUUGAAGGGAUGGUCCUGCUGCAAGAGAAGAACUACCGACUUCUCCGACUUCCUUAGCAUUGCUGGCUGCACAAAAGGUCCCCAUAACAAAGAGAAGCCCCCCGAGCCGGUGAAACCAGAUGUGAAAACUUCAGGAGAAAAGAAAGAGCUAGAAGCCCAAAAGCCCAAGUUUAAUGAGUACAUAAUCUCCGCCCCGAAACCUCAGGAGGCGAUUUGCAGACCGAGUUCCAAUGAGCCGAUGGUGAGAUUACAGAAUAAAGUCUCUGCCUCGCUAAAGCAAGCGCUGGAGAAACUGAAACUUUCUGAGAAUACGGCAGAGAUGAAAGAGGAGGAUGGUGAUGAGGUCAAAAUUGGAACAUCCUGUAAAAACGGAGGAUGUACUAAAAACUUUGAAGGACCCACCAGUGACUCUGAUGUGUGUCUAUACCACACUGGAGUCCCCAUCUUCCACGAAGGAAUGAAAUACUGGAGCUGCUGUAAGAGGAAAACCUCGGACUUUAACACCUUCCUGUCUCAGGAGGGCUGCACUAAGGGAACGCAUCUGUGGAGGAAAAAGGAUGAGGGAAAGAAGGUGGUUCCCUGUCGGUUUGACUGGCACCAGACCGGGACACAGGUCAUCAUUUCUAUUUAUGCUAAAAACGCGGUUCCUGAGCUAAGCUACGUUGAUGCUAACAGCACCACGCUCGACAUCCAUAUUAUAUUUGAAGGAGAAAAGGAGUUUGAGCAGAUAAUCAGCUUGUGGGGAGUGAUAGAUGUGAAUAAAAGUGUUGUAAACAUGAUGGCAGCCAAGAUCGAGGUCGCCAUGAAGAAGGCUGAGCCGAUGUCUUGGGCCCGUCUGGACCUUCCUCCUCCUGUUCCGCCUCCUAAGGAGAGCGAGCAGAAGAAAGACGAAGAUGAAAGCGAGGAAGAGGAUGAAGAUUAAUGGCUUGGAUUUAUUAACAGGUAUAUUUACUUCUAGCUUAAAUAAAGCCAGGAAGGCAGACUGUAAGUUAUUUACUUUGUUUUUGGCUUUCAACUAUUUCAUCGUAAUUCGUUUUUAUCAUCCUUUAUCACAGGAAUGAGUUUUUUCUGUCAGUUGGCUUUAUUAGUUUGCGGUUUAAAAAAAAAAAAAUAUAUAUAUAUAUAUAUAUCACAACAUGAGAAAUUAGCUUAAAUAUGCUUGAUUUAUACCUAUUGGAGUUGGGACCACACUUUUAUCUCCAACCCAGUCUGGACCGCUCAGAUUGAACCAUUCUGGACCACAGAUUUAUUUCAUUUCUUGCAUGUGUGGAUCAAAUUUAUCCUUUAGUUUCAACUAUUGUGUAAAAAUUAGGUUUAAACAUUUUUUUUACAUUUAUUUCCAAGUCUGUAGAAAAAAGAACUCAAUAUAUUUGAAUUUUUAUUCUCUUUUACAAUAAAAACAAAAUAUUCUGAGUAAAUGUACCGUUGGUGUCCUCUGGCCAUCCUGUUUCUAUCACAGCAAAUCUGUGUUUUUAAUUUUCCAUCACGUUUAACACAUUCUGUAUAAUAUCCCUUUAUCUCUGUUUUCACUGAGAAUGUACUGUAACAUCUGAGAAUGCCAAAUGAAUACUAAGUAUUUUGAGCAAAAACACACUGUAUUAUUGAGGUGAUGCGCUAGACAGCAUGUGUCUAGCGGAAGAGUGUAUGAUGUAUAUUGGGCCUAAUGAGACCACUCUUAAGCAGCAUAAAGGAAUUAGUUUAAUCACUCAAAACAGUCAAAUAAAUGUUUAUGGUAAAA